AUGACUCCUCGUCCAAACGAAUGGACACAGAUGCAGCAGUUCCUCGAAGACUUUCAGGAGAAUUUCCAAGACAAUAUGAGACGGACAAUGGCUGAAGCUAUUCAGACCGGAGUUCAAGCUGGAGUUCAGGCCGCCCUCGCUGCAAACGCUGCAAACGCAGCAGACAACGCCCCCGUAGCUCCACGCCAACGCCAUAAUAACAACCCCAUCUUUGAAGAACGCGAUGACGACGACGUCCAAGCCAAUCCCUUCGGCGACAACAACCAGCACCGUCAUCAACCCCAGCAUCGACAACAUCAAUACCACAACGACGAAAAUCCACGAUGGUUAACGGGUAUCAAACUAGAUAUCCCGGAGUAUCAUGGUGGCUCACAACCAGAAGACUUACUUGAUUGGUUCGUUACGGCUGACGAAUUCCUAGAGUUCAAGGAGGUUCCAGCAAACAAACAAGUUUCCUAUGUAACGACGCGAUUCCGCAGCCACGCCGCCUCCUGGUGGAAUCAGGUUAAAUUAACACGGACUCGUCGUAGGAAGGAGAAGAUUCACUCAUGGGACAAAUUGAAAAAGCAUAUGCGAAAAACUUUCAUUCCAUACAACUUUGAGCGUCUCCUAUUCCAAAAGUUUCACAACAUUCGACAAGGAUCGCGCUCCGUUGAAGAUUAUGCUAAUGAAUUCUACCAGAUGCUGACGCGUGUGGAUAUUCAUGAUUCUGAGGACCAGCUUGUGGCUCGAUUUAUCGCAGGUCUCCUUUCUCAACUUCCGAAUAUGCUACAACAGUUUGAUCCAAGUUCCGUCGCGGAGGCACGUCAAAGAGCUUUGCUAGUCGAACAACAGACACGCUUAGGAGCUAACCAGUGGCCGGGGAACAAUCGUUCACGCAACACAGCAACCGCUGAUGACUCUAAGUCCACCACAGCUACGACAAACUCAACAGGCCAGAACCAAACAACACACCCGACAAACACUAUCACAGCAGCAGCCGAAGCUCGGCCUUCGCGUCCUAACGCACUCCGUUGCUUCACCUGUGGUGAGCGGGGCCAUAUACAGACGGCCUGUCCUAAUAAGAGUCGCCGUGGACUGAUAGCUACCAACCAGGAUUUUUUCGGCGACCCAAUUUAUGAUGAUGACGAAUUUCAGUGCGAGGAGGUCGAUGAAGAACAAGUUCAUGGCGAUACCGGAACUUUUCUAAUGUUACGCAGCAACUGUUUCGCCCCCAAAACCAAUGAAGCAUGGCAACGAACAUCCCUAUUUUCCUCGACAUGUACGGUCAAGGGAAAGGUUUGUCGCUUUGUGAUCGAUUCGGGAUGUUCAGCAAAUGUAGUAUCUGAAGAAGCUGUUCGAAAGCUCGCGCUCACAGCAGAAGCUCACCCCCAUCCUUACCGAUUGCUUUGGAUGCAAACAGAUGCAGAAGUCUACGUUUCUCAGCGAACGUUGCUCACUCUCUCUAUCGGUUCCUUCUAUAAGGACAAUUUAUAUUGUGAUAUCGCCCCUAUGGAUGUCUCACAUAUCAUACUCGGGCGGCCAUGGCAAUACGACAGAGAGGUAAUACACAAUGGCAAAACAAUGUUUGAGGGUCGCAAGAUUACGCUUCUACCAACACCAGACACAGAUCUUGCAAGCCCAAGCAACAGCCAACAGCCGCCACCACAGAAAAAUUUGUUGAUCAUCUCUCGAUCACAGUUUGAACUUGAACUACGUGAUUCCUGCUCGAUAUUUGCAUUAGUUGCCGUCCCACCGUCACCAACUCAGCAACAACCGUGGCCACCUGCUUUCUCGCCUAUUCUAAAGGAGUUUGAUGAUUUGUUUCCGGAAGACCUACCGGCUGGCUUACCACCGUUACGAGACAUCCAGCAUCAUAUUGAUCUUGUGCCCAACACGGUUCUACCUAACCGCGCACAUUAUCGUAUGAGUCCUGAGGAACACGAAGAACUUCGGCGACAAGUGGAAGAACUUCUUCUCAAAGGUUACGUCCGGGAAAGUAUGAGUCUCACCACACUUGACGCACAUCUGGGUCACUUGCGUGAUGUACUACUGGCUCUGCGCAAAGAGCAGUUAUACAUUGCUAAACACAAGUGUGAGUUUGGAGCAUCUGAAGUCUUGUUUUUGGGUUAUGUCGUGUCAUCUACGGGCUUAAGGUUGGAUCCGCAGAAGGUAGAAGCCGUCGCAUCAUGGCCUACACCGACCACGAUUUCCGAAGUCCGAAGCUUCCAUGGCCUCGCGUCUUUUUAUCGGCGUUUUAUACACAAUUUCAGUGCUAUAAUGGCCUCAAUCAUAGAUUGUAUGAAGGGCGAGUCAUUUACUUGGACCGCGGAGGCGUCGAUGGCAUUCUCCACCAUUAAAGUUAAGCUUACUACAGCUCCUAUUUUAGUGCUGCCCGAUUUUGAUUCUCCUUUUGAACUACACUGCGAUGCAUCAAAAUUAGGCAUCGGAGCACUACUCAGUCAGCAUGGACGACUUGUGGCGUUUUACAGCGAAAAGGUGGUGGGAGCUCGCGGACACUACGACGUCAAAUUCUAUGCAAUUGUUCAAGCCAUCAAGCAUUGGCGACACUAUCUGGCGCAUAAAGAGUUUAUCUUAUUCACGGAUCAUGUGGCCUUAAAGUGCUUAACGUUGAAGACGUCGGCUGUACCGACGCAUCCGUGGAGCGACAUCAGCAUGGACUUUGUUCUUGGUUUGCGGCGGACUCAACGUGGGAACGAUUCAAUCUUUGUCUUCGUUGAUCGUUUCUCCAAGAUGGUUCACUUCAUUUUGUGUCGAAAGACGACGGAUGCGGUUCAAGUUGCUCUAUUGUUCUUUCGCGAAGUCUAUAGGUUGCAUGGUCUGCCGCAUUCCAUAGUUUCUGAUCGCGAUUCGCGGUUCAUUAGUCAUUUUUGGAGGUCGCUUUGGAAGUUUUUUAAAAAAGGUUUGGAUAUGAGCUCUGCGUACCAUCCUCAAACUGAUGGUCAAACUGAAGUUGUCAAUCGCUCUUUGGGUAACAUUUUGCGGUGUCUGGUGGGUGAUAACCUCAGGUCUUGGGAUUCUUUACUUUGUCAAGCGGAGUUUGCCCACAACCAUGCACACAACAGGUCACUGGGCUUCAGUCCUUUUAAAGUCAUCUAUGGGAUCGUCCCUCACGGGCCUUUGGCUUUGUCGACAUUGCCUCAACCAGGCGAGUUUCAUGGCCGGGUGGUGGAUCUUAUUGACGAGCUUGCGGUGGUGCACGCUCGCGCCCAAGAUAAUCUUCAGGGCACUACUAUUAAGUAUAAAAGAGCCGCAGAUAAGCAUCGCCGCGAAGUGAAUUUUCAAGUGGGUGACCAAGUGUGGGCUGUGUUAACUAAAGAACGGUUUCCUGUUGGUCAGUACAACAAGUUGAAAGCUCGGAAAAUUGGUCCAGUGGAGGUUGUCGAAAGAAUUAAUGCGAACGCCUAUCGCCUAGCUUUACCUCCCCACGUCCAUACAGCCGACGUCUUCAACGUUAAGCACCUUUUCAAAUACGAACCUGAUGAUCACAUCCUUUCUGGAUUCGUGGACGAAUCGCUCGUAUGGGAGGGGACCUGA